GUUCGAACUGAUACUGCUACUGCUCCUUGCUUGCUUCGUUGUCCAUCCUUUGUAUUUCAAUCUGCUCAUAUUGUCCUUCGUUGAUGUUCUUCCCACUCUUCUGAUUCUUUGCCCUCGUUAAACUUCUUCAGCCUUCAAGUUCUUGUAUAUCGGAGACGAGCGACGUGCCUCUUCCUCUCCCUCCCAACCCCUUCAAUUGCCUCCACCGAUCCGCUUCUCCCCGGCUGGCUGAACCUGUUGUCCGUCUGGUCUCAGAACGAUGCUCUCCCUCUGUUGGGUUGUACCUGAUGGCGAGGAGUAGGAAGAAAUUCACAUCUCUUGCUUUGGCGUAACCGCAGCGACACGCGGGGCCUACAGUUGGUGCAGUUUUGGCACGCCGACAUCAUGGCCGUGGCUGCACAUGUCGACGGGCAGAUUCUACCCGCCCUCCCCAUUCACGCUCUGAGUUCUCUACCAAUUCACUCGGACACCACAAUGUCUUCUCCGGAGUCCUUCCAACCUGAUCCUCCCAGAGACUUCGUCCGCUCAGCCAGCUUCACCUACCUACCUGCGUUAGAAACCGCGCACUCCGACCCUUCCACAAUCAAACGUACCUUCUCCGAACACGUCAUUUCUCUCCCAUCUGACCCCAAAGUCAAGGUCAAUGAUAGCAUGCAUUCAGCAAAUCUGGAACUGUUCCGCCGAGUUUCUAGAAAAGCAAAGAGGAAAAUGUUGGCCAGUGCUCGCUUCUCGCUGUCACCGGAUGAUGAUGAGCCCCAGCCGCGCGAGCCAACUAACACCAAUGGUGACAAGGACGGACAAUCCAGAAGUCUCGGCCGCUCUGUCGCUGGGACGCUUCGGACCAUCGCUCGGAAAUCAUGGGCCGCCUCCUCGUCAAGACCAUCAUCUCCCUCUCGCCAAGAAGCCAGUACUCCAGAGAGAAAGAGAAGUUGGUCACCCAGUAAGCGGAAGCUUGUCAAUGCUGCAAACUCAGUUGCUGUCCCGGAACCGGUGGCGUCAAGUCCUCCGCUACGGUCGUCUCCCGAAGAGGACGAGUCCAAAAUAGAGGAUGCCAUACAAACUCCAGGUAUUGAUAAACGUGGUACGGCCUCCUUGCCUGUUCAGAGGCCACUCUCCGUCAUACAAAUCAAGAACAAGAGCGACUCGAAUCUCAAACGUAUGUCAAGGAACUCUUCAGCAACUUCUCUGCGGAGUUUUGCGUCGAACGAAAGGUCUCAAUCGAGGCUUUCGCUGAAUAAGAUCCCUCCUCUGCCCUCCUCCCUCUCCGCGGAUCGCUUGGCAGCUCUCAACACUGAAGUUCCACGUAGAAAGGAUCCCCUAUGGACUGCCUUCAGAACGCUCGACGGCGAGUAUAGCGGGUUUCAAGCAAAGACUAGCCUUCAGAAGGCCAAGGUACUUCGAUUGACCCUGAUCCCGUUUCUUGUCAAGUACGAGAACCAUCCGUCCCAUAAAUCUCUCCGAGCCGAGGAUCUGGAUCGACGAGUCGUUAUUCUCAACAAAUGGUGGACCGGAUUGUUGGAGAUGCUUCACGGAGCAAAUAACCAGUCGAUUUCUGGGACGGACAGGCCUGCAUUCCUAGAAUCCGCUACCAGGAUCAUGGUCAGGCCAGAGUGGAGGAUACCAGGCUUCGCUUCAAUUCCAGGAGAAAGUCCCCAACGUCACUCGAUACCCAAAUCAAAGUCGACAAAUUCUCUCGAAUCAGAAGAGGCAGACUUUUUGGUCGAUUCGGUCCACCAAAACGUGCGGAACGUCUUCGUCCAGAAUCUACUCUCUCAAAUGGAGUUUGUGACUGGUAUCUUGUCCUUACGCACUGCUCCUCAAAGUUUGGUCACGUUUGCUGGAAAAGCAUGCGCCUAUGCGUUCUUCUUUUGUCCUGGCGUGGCGGAUAUGCUGGUUCGGUUGUGGUGUCUCCCAUCGAGCGCCUUGAGACGCAUAUUCAGACAGCUCGGUGUCGAGAACGGAGAAAAGCUUGAUUUAAUCUCAAGUGCAUUGGCAAGGAAUUUCCCGCCACCAGUCCGCAGCCUCUGUGUAGGCUCUCAAGCUUCCUUUUCGCGCCGGCUUCAGCAACGAGGGCCAAUUCCGCCGGGUUCGGAAAUGAUCAAUUGGUUUCAACCAUGGGUCGCGAGAUGGUCUGGUCACAAUAGUGACUUGUUCUUUGUCUUUACCAAGCAAUACCACGUUCUGGUCUCCGAGUUCCUGACCGAAGAGAUUUCGUUGAGAGACCGCGCCGCUAUUCCUGGUCUGGUUCCGGUCUGUGCGCAAAUGUUGCUUAUCUUGGAGACGACGAUCUACCGACAAGCCGGCCAACUUGGAGUCGAGAGCUAUGCCCCUGGUACUGGAUCUCAUAUGGACAACCCCGAUGCCUUGGCUCCCCUGCCCAUGACAAUCGCGAAUGCAACUCGCUCGAUCGCUGAAAACCGCUUGAUUAUGUUGCUGAGAGAUGUCAUGGGUGACCUCGAUCCUGAACAUUCGCUUCUACGCACCCUCUUCUUGACCUCAUUCGACAGUGUCACCAAGGCAGCCACUGUCAAAAUUUCCCUGUACAAUAACGACGCAUGUUUUGUGAUUUGUGAUUUUAUGGAGGAAGUCCUCCCCAUCAUGUUCCGUUACCACCAGACAUACAUUGAUACCCCAGUGCUCGAUUGGCCUUUCUGGCUGGACGUCUGCAAGCAGAUGUUGCAGAGUCAAACCACCCUAACCCAGAUUCGAUCGAUCGCAUUCUUGUAUAGUACUUGGUCCAUUCUAAUACAUAAUGAAGGACGGAAGCGCCAAUUGGUUCUAGAGUGGCUGCUGGACAGGAACACAUUCGAAAAGCUUUUUUGCCACUGGUCGCCCAUGGUACGACACUACUUCUACCGCCUGCUCUGCUGGAGGGUUGCGCGAUACGAUGGGCAGGUGUCGGACCUGGAUUUGGAAAUCUUGCAGACAUUGGCAACGAGGUUGAAUAAAUGUUGGGCCAAUUAUCAAUAUCUCACUGCGGAAGCAGAGAUGCGAGGGGUUGUGCCACCUUCAUCAGCACCCUGUUUACCUGCACCUAGCCGCGUCCUCAUCAUCAUCCGGACUGAUAGCCAACCAAUUAUGACACCCUCAAAGACAAAUUUCGAGAGAUACCUGCCACCCUCAAUCGUCACUCAGAGCUCGCCCUAUCAGAACCAUUCUUCAAUUCUCAGCACAAUCCCGGCGGCGGACGCACCGGCUCAAGGAAAUAGGAAGCGAUGGAGUCUGUUCCGUGGCCUCAAUGUUUUUGGCACCCCAGGCAACAACCGGCCAGGAGAAGUCACACCGCCCGGCAGUCCUGAAGAUCACAGUGUCACCCCUUCCGGUGAUGCUCCCGGGCCGAACAGUGCCAUCACUGCACCAAAGCGGCCGGCUACACCUCCCCAUCAAGCAUUUUCAUUCAAGUUCUCCCUGGAAUUCUUACAAGGCCGAACGAAUUUAGAGAACAAGAACCGGAUGUUGACGGCACCUCAGCUCCCGCCUAAUGCGCAAAGCAUUCUCACUGCGCGACGGAGCUCGGAGAGUUCAGGCAGCAGCGCUAGUAACAGCAGUGCUCGCGGCAGUGGCAGCAGUAGAGGAAGCGCGAUGAGCAACGACGAUCGAGCUCGGGCCCGAGCAGCAGAAGUGAAGCCUCUAAAGCCCAAGGAGCAUGAAAUGGGCACAGCACGAUACAGCGGACGAUCACUGGCGGAGUGGGCUCAGGUGCUGCACGAGUGUCGCAGCUUUUACAGCAGACGCAAGCAGGAAGGCGUUCCACGAGACAGUCUGGUUGAGACACCGACCAUGGGAGUGGAGAAUUUUCGCUUACCGAGUGGUUGAUGGCUCAGGCGGAGGCUCACUUGGAGUCGUUGAGAGUUUUCGCUGCGUUUAUUUCAAAAAAAUGAUUACGAGUGAAAAGAAUUUGGUUCAGGGGUCAUCAGCUGGACGGAUGGACACAUCUAGAGAGAGCUUGGGCGGGACAUACUACUGGAUAUUGGCGGCGUCUUGGACAUCCAGGUAUGAACUAAGCAAAUAACUUGGGGGAUGGGUCGGCAUAGGUUAUGUCCUCGGUACAGACCCGGGAUGGGGACUAGGCGCAUAUCCGGGCUUUCAGGUUGUGGAUAUACUCUCGUUGGAUGAACACUGCACAUUGAUUUCUCUGGCAAAAAGCUCAGUGCUCAGUUGGACCUUGGAUUUCUGCGCUUGUUCGAAGUAAAGGAGAAAUCCUGCGAGCCAGCCACCGGUGCCUCACGUGCUC